AUGGUGAACUCGCGGAUGGGCCUUGACACGUCACCGGCCCAUAUCUCCAACUGCAACUUGUCGUGGGGUUCAACACUUCAAGCCCACUCGCUUCCUUAUGCGUCUCUUCGAGUACACCGACCAGAAGCUGAAGCUGAGAUCCGAACCAUUAGUUUCAAGAAAAUCGAAAACGUUAGUGAAGUUGACGUGACAAGUUUUUACUCUGACGCUAACCGGUAA